AUGAGUAGAGCAAUUUGAAAAGGAGUAUGAAAAUCAAAUUUUAUGUCAAAUAAAAAUACUAGAAAUAUUACCAUUACUCCUGAAGAUGUAAAUAAAAAUAUUAAUAUCGAAACAGGAAAUAGUAAAAAAUCAGUAAAAAUAAAUGUUACAAUAAAACAUAUAGGACAUAAAACUGGUGAAUUUGCGGUAUCUAAAAUACCUGCUGUUUACAAAAGAAAAUCUAAACGAAAAUAA